UUCUACGGAAAAUGGCCGGGAGGCUCCGAUUAAAUGUUUUAUUAGGUCUGAUUGGAAUAGAUAGGAAGUAACCGGCAUUCUCAUUGGACAACCACUGUUUACAAAGCAGAUGUACAUGUACACGUUGCGGUCGCUCAGCUGUAAAAUGUAAACAGAGUCGAAGAGAAUGAGGAUUAAAUUGAAGGCGUAAGACAAAGCGAUAACGAUGAUCAGAUGAUCUUUAACCUCUGAUUGGGUGAACAAUGGACAAAAGAAUUGGACGCGAAAAGUCCACGUCCAUGAUGGAGCAGUUUGAGAUCAAAGUUGAACGCCCAAAGCCCGACCCCUUGGAGGACAUAAUUGACUUCUUGAAGAGACUCCUUGAGUGCUGCCUGUCCUGCCUUACAUGUGGCUGUUACCAUGGGAAUGGGUCAAGUAGAAGGUCCAGCGUGUUCAACAGUGACUUAGAGUUGACCUCCGAACUGCGGGACAGUGAGCGACAGGCUGUACAGAACUUGUUACUGUACUUGGAGGAUGAGGAGACAGUGAACCCAGUUCUGGAUGAAAACCAUGUGCGGGCCCUUGGCAUUCUCACUUACUCUGAUAACCUGGAACUGCAGAAGUCUGCUGCACUAUGUUACAGGGAAAUCAGUGAAAAAAUGAAGGUGCCUAUAUCACCUGCACUAGCCGGCCCGCUUGUGUCGCUGUUGAAGAGUAGCAAUAUGGAGGUACAAAAGUCAGCCUCCCUUGCUAUCAGCAACUUUGUCAUCAACGGACCAGCCACUAACAGAGUCACCCUGGUGGAUACUGGAGCACUGAAGCACAUCAUACCUCUACUGUACAGUGACAAUGUUGAAGUCCAAUGUAAUGCCUGUGGCUGCCUUACAUCCCUGGCUACAACAGAGACUGCCAAGAGGCAGGUAUCAACAGAGAAUGGCAUACCUCCUUUGUUAAUCCUGUUGCGAUCUCCCGACCUCCGUGUUCAGCGGAACGCUGCGGGAGCUGUCCUCAAUCUCACCCACAUUGAGCCAAACAGAAAUGAUCUAGUCAUAGACGGCGCCAUACCAAUCCUGAUCGAAGUCCUGGAGAGGACGGAUGACCACGACCUCCAGUAUUACUGCUGUGCAGCCCUAAAUAACCUUGCCAUUGGGGAGAAACACCGCACCAUGAUGGUCGCCGUUGGUUACCAUGAUGUCAUACAACUCAUGAUCAGGUUGCUGGGCACAAAGUCUGAAAGGGUGAAGUGCCAGGCAUGUUUUGUGCUGAGGAACCUGGCUUCUGAUGUUGACCACCAGAGCCUGAUAGUGAAGUAUAAGGCACUACCUGCCUUACAUCGGAGUAUUCGACAUUCCCGGCGGGAGACCAGAGCCGCAGCCAUGGCAUGCAUCAGGAACCUCUCUAUACACAAGGCUAACGAGGCCCCAAUUCUUUCUGGUGAGAUUCUGGGUGAUAUUCUCCACGUGUUAGGUGAUACAAGUGUACCAGAGGCUCAGAGGCAUGCUGCAGGCACCAUACGUAACCUCUCUGUAGGAGACCAUGUCAGGGAGUUAACGGAUGCAGGCUGUGUGGACCAGCUUACAGCUGUGCUACUGAACAUUGAGACCAAGAGUUCUGUGCUGAUUGAAGUGACAGCAGCACUGGCUGUAAUGGCGGAUGAAGAUGAGGUGAAGCACCGGUUGGUCCACCUUCAUGAGGGGAGAGUAUUUGGGAAGCUGGUAACCAUGGCAACCCUCUACACUAACACAGAGGUGCAAUACAACAGUGCAGGGAUACUGGGGCAGCUCGCCCUCAUAGCCAUCCCUGAGCCGUUGAAGUCAGAGCACCUACAGGGUAUUCUCCUGUAUGUGGACAAGUUUCUCAAGUUGGAGAACUCAAACUUUAAACACAUCGCUCUCUGGACGCUUGUACAACUACUAAAAGACCCGAUGUUUCUGGGAGCCUUUAAAGACCAUGGAAUCGAGGCUGUAGUUACCAAGUUGACUGGUUUGGACCAGCAAUCAACCAUCCAGGAACUAGCCAAUAAAGUGCUCCAUCGAUUACAUGGGGGCCAAGAAUCAAGCACAGCCUCCUCUAGUAGUGACUAACAAUGACUCUCUCAGGGUCCACAGUGACUCUGAUUGUGAACAGAAAAUCUACCUAGCAAUUUUGAUGUUGUAUUUUUAGCCCAAUGCCGUGUCACGUGAUAAGUAUAUCAAAAUUAGACUUGUGUUUUUAAAGAAAGUUAAAAAGUGAGAGUGGUUUAUUAAUAGGAAAAUUGUCCCCCUCUCACUUAAGAAGUUGUAUGGUCAAGCACAUAACGAGUUCUUUAUUCAUGCCCAUCAAAAUGACACAUGUAUAGUGUCAAUUAACUAACAUCUUGAGUUUAAGUUUCAGACUCAGGCUCAGAAAUAUGAUUACAUAUAGCGGUAUGUUACAAAGCUUACAAAACCUGUGCAUAGAAUUGCAAAACUAGUUAUUGGUAACAGUUGCAAGUUUUGAGUCUCAAACACAGACUGAAGAGGUUAGUAAAUAUGGGCCAUGGAUGGGUCUCAUCAAGAAUGCUACCUAGGAACAAAAUUUACUUAGGAAGAAUUUAAACAGUGCAUUACUCCUGUUUAAAGUCUAUCUUGAUAAAAUGACCCCAGGACAAUGACAAUGAUUUAUAUUAACCUAUCUAAAGCUAUCUUUACAAGCAAGCUAAAAAAAGUAUUUUUUUAUUUAUAAAAUUAAGAAUGGAUGUGCUCAGUCAGGUCACAUGUAUAUUUGUGUUGUGCAGUUGUGGGACCAGCUUGACCCCCUCGACAAGGCUGUUGCAUUGCCACAGUUUCUGGUUGGUUUUUAGAUUUAGUAACAGCUUAAUAAUUACUAAUAGAUAGUACUUUCUAUCUAGAAAGAAUGAUGCAAUUGAUUUUGGAGGCAGCUGGCAAGCUAAUAAUACUAUUAAAGAUAAUUAUAGAUAACAGUGAUCAAUGGGUUUUUUAAGUGUGCAAUAGUUCUUUAGUACAAGCUGGUAUUAUAUGGUCAGGGGAAGCAAUCGAUUUUCAACAUGCUUUAUCCCAAGUAAUGUUUCUCGAACUUGAAUCAUAUACUAGAUUUAAGAGGUAUCAAAUACUGGAUUUAAGAGUUAUCAAUUACUGGAUUUAAGAGAUAUUAUAUACUGGGUUUAAGAGGUAUCAAGUACUGGAUUUAAGAGGUAUUAUUUACUGGAUUUAAGAGGUAUCAAAUACUGGAUUUAAGAGGUAUUAAUACUGGAUUUAAGAGGUACAGUCAAACCUGUAUUAAGUGGCCACCCGUGGGAAAUGAUCAAAGUGGCUGCUUAAGACAGGUGGCCACUUAAUCCAGGUAUGACAUUUUCGCCUCUAGCUUUAUUCAGAGAUGGAGUAUGUUUCUUAACCACCACCUCACACCACAAUCAGUAACCUCUGUAUCAAUAUUAUUGAAGAAGGUUGAAAACAAAUACAUUUGUAUAGAUAAAAUAACUUUAUUUUAAAUUUAUAAAUAAAAUACAUUAGAUAAACAACUACAUGUACAUUCACAUUUUUGAGUUCACUUUUUAAAGAAGUCCGUACAUUAGAUAAAUGUUGAUGCAUAGCAUAAACAAAACACACCACAUAUCAGUCUACACAUUUACACAACUACAUGUACAUACACAAUUUAGUUAAUUCAGUUCCUCAUGUCCUGUCAUUUUCCUCUGUCUUUUUGCGUUUGGAUUUCUAUUGCUUUCAUAUUCCUCCACAAUUACGAAAAGUAAGAAAUUUAUUUGAGUCCUUCCACAGUUAAAAUCUUGGCAAAACUUCUUGCACUACGGCCGUUUUCUUAUAACUUUAUACACUCGACACAUUCUUUUAGAGUCAAACACUUUCGAUUAGUCUUAUUUUCAGCCAUAAUCAAAGUUAAAAAAAUAUCAAGAACAUUGCAUUGUGUAAAUAUCCGUUCAUAGAAAUUUAAAUCUGUGCACUUCGAAAAAUAAUAUUGAAGUGAAUAAAAAUCGUAACUAGUUUCACGCCUUCGAAUGACAAUGCAAGCUGUGUAUUCAUAAUAACCGUUGUUUUUGUCGGUAUUUAAUAAUUAACUUCGUAAUUAUUUAAUUAUCUUGUUAAUUGUGUCAUUAACUGUGUCAAUUCUGAUCAAAACAUUCGCCGACGUGAAAUAAACAUGAUUUCACGAUGAGUAAACACGCAUGGCAAUCCUGUGAUGCAAUAUUCAUUUUCAUUGGAUGACGGAGAUACCCGAGGCCGUCGUUCUUUUCCGUAAACUUCUAUACGCAAUUAAAGCUGUGUAUUGGAAAAAAUUUUACGCGGAAGUGUCAGUGACAAGGGAUUAGUGGCCGCUAAUUAGUGUUUAUAUGGCUUCAUGGGGACAAAAAUUAGUGGCCGUGGCCGCGUUAGACAGUUGGCCGCUUAAUACACGUACAUUAUAUAGUAAAAACGUACGGGGGGAAUUUGGAGUGGCCCGUUAAAGCAGGUGGCCAUUUAAAGCAGGUGACCGUUCAACCAGGUUUGACUGUAUUAUAUUCCGGAUUUAAGAGGUAUCAAAUACUUGAUUUAAGAGGUAUCAAAUACUGGAUUUAAGAGGUAUCAUAUGCUGUGUUUAAGAGGUAUCAUAUGCUGGAUUUAAGGGAUAUUAUAUACUGGAUUUAAGAGGUAUCAGUUACUGGAUUUAGAGGUAUCAAUACUGGAUUUAAGAGGUAUUAUAUACUGGAUUUAAGAGGUAUCAAAUACUGAAUUUAAGAGGUAUUAUAUACUGGAUUUAAGAGGUAUCAAAUACUGGAUUUAAGAGGUAUCAAAUACUGGAUUUAAGAGGUAUUUAAUUCUGGAUUAAAAAGGGAACAAUUAGUUUAUGGACUCUGAGAGUUUCAUACAAUACAUUGAAUUUUUUUAGUUCUAGGAUAUUUUGUCAGUUGUUUAUCAUAUUUAUUGGGAGAUUUAAUCUGGUAAUUACACAAUGUUGUUCUGGACGGUUCAUUUUCAAUGCAACAGAUUAGAUUGCUUUUUUCACUAAUAUCAUUUUGGAUAGUUUCGUAGUUACCUUUUUUUACUUUUUUAUAUUAUGAAUUACUUUUAUUUUGUUAAUUUCAUUCCCCAUUACUUAGUCUAUAAUUACAUGGCUUAUUACUACUGAUUGUUUAAAACUCAUCUUGUGAGACAUCAGUAAAACAUGGUACAUGUAUGUAAACUCAUUCUGGCAAUGUUAAUAUUUCUAAUUAAAAAAAUCCUUACAUAUUAGUUGACAUUUAAAAAAAAUCCAUUGUAUAAUUCUGAUGGAAAAGUACAUUUCUAAUAACACUCUGAAUUAUUCACUCAGUGCAUCAAGUUACUUGUGAUGUGAAGUGGUAAUUAAAAUAAUACUCCAAUUUUUGUAUUAACAUUGAUCUCAUUCAAAAACUAUACAUUCGCCUAUGUGUCACUCUAUGAAUAUGACUAUGUGACAUCCUGUGUAUAGUGACUGUAUACAUUAAUGUGACAUUAUGUGUAUAGUGACUGUAUACAUUAAUGUGACAUUAUGUGUAUAGUGACUGUAUACAUAGAUGUGACAUUGACUGUAUACAUAGAUGUGACAUUCUGUGUAUACAUAGAUGUGACAUUCUAUGUAUAGUGACUGUAUACAUUGAUGUGACAUUCUGUGUUUACAUUUAUGUGACAUUCUGUGUUUACAUUUAUGUGACAUUCUGUGUAUACAUUUAUGUGACAUUCUGUGUGUAUGUGACAUUUUAUGUAUACAUUUAUGUGACAUUCUGUGUAUUUGUGACAUUUUAUGUAUACAUUUAUGUGACAUUUUUGUAUACAUUUAUGUUUUAUUCUAUGUAUAUAUUUAUUUGGUAUUGUUUUGUAUUUUAUAUCGUAGAGUAUGUAUAAGUGAUGCUGUUUUGUGUAUUUGUUGGUGAAAUUAACCACUUAAAAAGCUUACAUAGCUCAGGAUUUUAAUGGUUGUGAGAGUUGGUGUCCGAUUUUAGCUGUAAAACAUUCUUAAAGACUUAGUGUUUUAACUAUUGUAGAUUUCAGUUUAAAACUUGAAUUGUUAAUCAAUGAUUUAGCAUUAAACUACUAAUUAAGUUUUUAUUUUUUAUUAAAUUUUUUAUUCACAUUUCUACAAGUUAUUUUAUUUACAUUUCACUGAUAGUUCAAACUUUUCGUUAUUGGAAUUGGGGCACUAUUAUUGACUUACUUUUUUAAAUAAAAUUUUAUUGUAUUUUCUGAAUAUUUUGAUGCUUAAUACAUGGUAAGAAAUUAAAAAAGGUUUAAAAAAUGGAUGUUUUUAAUGGUUGAGAUUAUAUUGUUUUAUAUCUGCCAUUUAUUUGAGAUGGUUUUAUUAAUGGGCAUUCAGGCUUAACUAUAAUGUUUCCUACAAAAUAUCAUAACUGUGUAUGUAUUACCACAUAUUAUAUAUUUAUCUUUAUUUAUGGACCAAUUAGGACAUUCAUUGUUUUAUGGAAUGCCUGUGUUUUAAUUCCGGAUAAUCUGGGUGUGAAACGUAUUUAUUUUAUGUAGAACGCAUUUUUUUACCAAUACGUUAUACUAUUGUCAUUGAAAUAUAAAUUGCAAGUUCUGUUUUAAAGGUAAUAGAGAUACAGGUUUUUUAAUUAACUCGAACCUGGAAUUGCUGAAAAAAGUGAUUUAUUCUUAAUUAAAUAGUUGAGAUGUUUCAUAAUGCUUUCAUAAGUAUGUUUUCUAUGAGCAGUGUAAUAUAGAUAUUAGAAUACAAACUAAAUUUUAAGCCAAUCAAAUUGCAGAUCUAUAGGCAAUAAUUAAGUAACAGACUUAAUCAUUAUGAAUUUCACUUUCGCUGGUGUUUAAAGGACCGCCUUCUGCCACUCAUUCGAUACACACUUCUUGUUUCAGAUUUUGCGUUGACAAUGUAUCAGCCAAUGAGGUUGUAUUCCAAGUUAGAUGACCUGAAGUAAUUGCUUAAUGAAUAAGAAGGGCUCGUUCAUUACGCUCUCACCGCCCAUUCUUAAUCAUUAAGAAUUUACUCAAUGUCAUCUAACUAUAACUUUAACAUUAUAUUUAUUGACGCUUCAAACUUCAAACAGGUCGUGUUGAAUAUGUCCUAUAUUUGUAAUAAUGCAAUGUUUACUCAGACCGCAUUAUGUUUACUUUUUGUAACAUUUAUGUAGUUUCGUAGAUGAACCAUGUCUAAUAAAUGUGUGAAGA